AUGCUGGUGCUCACGCAAGUCGAUGCGCACGGCUACAUUGCCGUCCCUGCCUCGAGAAACUUCUUGCAUAACACCGACUACUGCCCUCACUGCCUGAAUGCCGGAGGGACCCGAGCCACCAGCGAGGGUGGUGCACUGAGGUGGCCACUUUCCCGUCACGGCAUCUGCGGGGACCCUUUUGCCGGGGAGCGAAAGCAUGAGUACGGUGGCGUCUCUGCCACCGGCACCAUCACCGGGAAUUAUACUGAGGGCGACAACAUCAACAUUACCAUCGUGAUCAAUACGAGCCAUAAGGGACGGUUCUCCUUCAGAAUCUGUGUCAUCUGGAACCCUUCCCUGGAGCUCACCGAGCUGACUGAGGAUUGUCUGAACGAGCACAUCCUGGUGCAAGCUGACGUUCCGGGGGCUCAGAACCCAGGAACUGCUCACUGGUAUGACACUGGCUCUGACGCCACAAUGACCUACAAGCUCCCACAGGGGCUCACCUGUGACGGUCAGACCACACGAUGUGUGCUGCAAUGGUAUUACCUCACUGGCAAUACAUGUGACCCCCCCAACACCGACCCCAACUAUGCCAGUCUCUGGCUGCCGGGCUGUCUGGACGACGGCGCCUCCUACCCUGAAGAGCGAUUCUUCGUCCCCUUCUCCCAAGGACGACUCUCCAUCCCCUUUUCUGAGCAACGACUCUCCGUCUCCUUCUCCAUCUGA